AUGCCGCCAACUCGCGUCUACAGGCUGACCCAACACGCUGGCCAGUCUGUUGUGGGAUUAUAUGCCCGACAGACCGAGCAAACCGCCGACGAGGCGGUAGCAGCGGCAGCAGACCGAGAUACACGACCACGUCCUGUUGCAUCGACCGCACCAGCCCCGGUGGAUGCGCCGCAGCCGACAGGCAGCCAAGAACAGGAGGCCCGACAAGAGGCACCGCCGCCGCAGAGUAACGUCACCGCGGCAGACGAGGAGGAUGAGGACCGACGCGAGGCACUGCAGGUUGAGCCAGAACCUUUAAACUGGCAGGGCAGACGCAACGAGGCGGUGAUCUGCCCCAGAGAGUGGAUCCUCUACUCUUCGAGGCCUCGACACGUGUCGCAACUCACUUGGGCAGCCGUGACCCCGACGAUCCGGCAGCAGCACAUCCGCUGGUUGCGAGAGCUGAAGACCAUGCCUUCAGACCUGCUGCAGCUCGAUCUGGCCACGGCCGCGCUGACGCUCGUCAACCGCAUGCAUCGGGCGCGCCGGUGGAAGUGGUCCACCCACACGAAGGCACUCUCGAACAUCCGGGCGGCUCUGUUCAACUUACCGUUGUACUCGAACGUGCAAAAGCGCGUGGACCUCACGGAGUACCCUCAAUGGACAGCAGCGAUCACAGCCGCGCAUCGUUUCGAGCGCGAGACGCCCUCGAACCCGCCCCCGCCCAUCGAUAUAGGCCAGUACAGGCAGGCGAGAGAGCACCUUCGCCUCCAUCCGAUUCCGUCUCUGUACCUGGGCAUGAUGUGGGCAUUCGCGGCGAGAGCGGGGGACAUCGGCCAGUUGAAGGCACGGGACGUCCACUUCAACCCGACAACGAACGAGGCGGAGCCGACGAUCCGGGUGAGCUUGACAGUUCGGCGCGGGAAGGGAGCCCGAUUUCGCGGACCCUACACAUUGGCGUCCCGGCUUCUGCGCGCGGACGCUUCGGUUCUCCAGCAGCUGCUGGCGACACGCGGUCCCGGGCAACUCCUCUUCUCCCCCCUGGGUCCCCUCAAAGACACGGUGCGAGCGGCCUUGAGGCUGUUCAACCCGUCAGCGGCACUCCCUUCAGUGCGCAAGGGAGCGGCGAGGUGCUUAGCGGACAACGCAGCGACGGACACCGAAGUCAUGCGUUUGACGGGGCAUACACGAGUGGCGACGUUGCAGCGGUACCUGGACUAUGGCCGCCAUCUUACGGCGGAGGCCGUAACUGCGCAGGACAACGCGGCCCGUGCCCUCCUCGUGCCGAACACGUCGGCGUAA